GGGCCUUGUCAGGUCUGCGACUAUCUGCGACAUAUCAUGAAUCAUUUCAAGUUUUCAACCGAGCGGCAGAAUUUUGGUCAUCAAGCAAACAAACAGGUGGUGUCGCCGGGGUGACAGAAUCUGAUGGCCUCAACUAUACUACUAUACUGUACUGCCUGUCUAUCUACACAUGGCCAACCGCCGCGAAGGCCGAAGAAGGUGCGGAAAACGCAACAGCUGCGAUCCGUGCGCCUGUGCACUGCAGUACCAGUACAAUCCUCUCUCUCCCUCUCUCCUCUGACUUCGCUGCCUCCCUCCUCGUCCGUCUCGCCCGGUCGUCUCACCCAAAGACUCCUCCCGCUUCGCUUCCAAGUUCACGCACCCCACCCCACCCCACCCCAAUGGCGACGCAGCCGCUUCCGCUUACAGCACCACGCCGCGUGCCGCGCGCCUGAGCGAGAGCCCGCAAGAGCACCCACACGCCACACCAGCCGCGCGCCUACGCGGCGCAUGGCGGCGCCGGGGCUGGACCAGGUCAUGGCGUUCCUCACCGACCACGGCUUCGCCGGCGCGGCCUCCGCGCUCCGUGACGACGUCCUUGCGCGCACCGCCGCCGGGGACGAAGGUCACGACGCUGCAUUAGGUCCCCGUCUCCCCCCGCUCCGGAUGCCCGCCGCCGGUACCGGCUCCGGCUCUGGCGCUGGCUCUGGCACGCCGGCGCCCGCGAGCCCCGGCUCCAGCUCCGGUUCGGCGUCCUCGUCAGCUUUCGUCAGCAUGCGCUCCACGCCCUCAGGGCUGUUGAAUCCGUAUGGGCUAUGGUCGCCGAGGCACUCGCAGUCGGACGUGUCUUCAUCGGAGAUGGAGUUUGGUACAGCGCGCCAGUACGACACCACCGACCUCUUCUUCCAGGAGGACUGGCUCUACGACGAUCACCUCUUCCCUAGCAAGCUGGACGAUGAGGACGACGAACGCGAGGAGGAGGACAAGUUUGUACUGGAUGCUCACGGUGGUGCCUCAGCGCAGACAGAGAUAGGCAAGCUCGGUGCAGGCCAUAACCACCGUCAUGAACACAUCGGUGGUGACCGAUGUGAGGGUUGCGCUGAGGUGUACACAUGCUCAUCGCCACUCUGCGGUUGCUGUGGAGGGGGACUCAAGAAUGACGGGCUUCAUGUGGCCAGGAGCUCAAGCUCUACUGUGUAUGGGAGAUACCAGAUCAUGGAUGACCGGACAGAGACAAUGGAUGAUUGUGCGCAGGAUGGGUUUCAAUUGAAGCAGAGUGGAGAUAUUAUGUUUGAAUGUGGUAUGCAGAGGGAUCCUGGACGAGGAGAUGAUGAUUCAGACCUGAGUGUUGUGGAGAAGGAGCUUCAAAUGCUCAGUUCAUUUGAUACUGAUGCUGUUACGAAUCACGGUGUACAUGAUUUCACGGACAACGGUGACCUCAAUGGCAUCUGUGACAAAAAUCCGAAAAUCAGCAUUGAUAAAGAAUAUCUGAAAGGUCAUAGGAUACAGCCAUUCCCUGAAAUUGGUGAUCCUGAUGAAGCAUAUGAGUUUCGAAAUGUAGGAUCAUUAAAUGCAGAUGUUCAACAUUCUACUGCUCUUGAAGCUGAGGAAGAUGCGGAGACAAAUAUUGAUCUUGCUCUCUCUGAUUUUCACAGAGAAUAUGAGGUAUUUGAAUUGAGAAUUAUCCACCGCAAGAACAGGACUGGCUUUGAAGAAAACAAAGAUUUUCCCAUUGUGCUAAAUUCGGUUGUUGCUGGAAGGUAUUGUAUCACUGAAUAUCUAGGCUCAGCUGCAUUCAGCAAGGUUGUGCAAGCACAUGAUCUUCAGACAGGAAUGGAUGUUUGCCUUAAAAUAAUUAAAAAUGAUAAGGAUUUCUUCGACCAGAGCUUGGAUGAGAUAAAACUUCUGAAGUUCGUGAACAAAUAUGAUCCACUAGACGAGCACCAUGUGUUGCGCCUUUAUGACUACUUCUACCAUCAGGAACACCUUUUUAUUGUUACUGAACUAUUGCGAGCAAAUCUAUAUGAGUUUCAGAAAUAUAAUCAGGAAUCGGGUGGUGAGGUAUAUUUUACUUUGCCUAGGAUACAGGUAUUAUUUCCUAACGAGCCUGUGUCCAUGAUGCUUGCUCAAAUGAUUGGCAUAAUCGGCCCAGUUGACAUGGAAAUGCUAGAAUUGGGACAGGAGACACAGAAGUAUUUCACUGAUGAUUAUGACCUUUUUACCAAAAAUGAGGAGACAGAUCAACUAGAGUAUUUGAUCCCAGAGAAAACCUCCUUGCGACGACACUUGCAAUGCCCCGAUUCUGAAUUUGUCGAUUUUCUGUCUUAUCUGCUGCAAAUUAACCCCAGGAAAAGACCCACAGCCGAUGAAGCACUACAGCAUCCAUGGCUUUCUUUUGCGUACUAAUGAGAAGCCAUCCGGUGCUUUGUUCACAUAUAAGGAUGACUUUGUCUCCUAAUUUGUUGCUCUUGUAAAGUUCUUGAAAAAUAUCGAUUUUUUAAAGUUUCUCUUCAUUAACGUGAAUCAUCAUUACUCUUUUCCUUAUUUUGUAGAAGAGCCCUCCUUUUGUGAGUGCAGGAUUCUUAUUUUUUUUCUGUCUUCAGGGUAAUUCUUGGUGUGAACCCCUGCUCUGUGAGUGAUUCAUGAGUGUACGUAAAUAUCAGAAAAAUUUCCGCGGUUUAUCUGUACAGUUGAAAGGCCACUCUUGUACUCCAUCUGAUCCGUUAAUGAUAACAUGAGAAGAUAUCAAAAUACUGUCCAAUGUUUCA